GUCUGUCAGGGCGGGUCCUCCGCGUCACAUCGUCUGUCGCACCGCAGACUACAGUACUGUGACUUCAGCGGAGUCCAGGCAUGCGCACCAUGGGGUGGGCCCUCAGGGUCCUCCUGGCGGCUAUCGUCUGCACUGCAGCAGAAGAGUCGUCUGUUGACAUCGACAAAAAUAACAUCGAUGAAGAGUUGAGUGACGACUUGAGGAAAGAGUUACGAGCUUUUUCUGCUGGAGGUGUGGCAGGCGGAGGCUUCUCUGGAAGUGGAGCAGCCGGUCCGAAGUACAUCAGCCUGGGCUGUUGGAAAGACAGCAGCAACCGAGCCAUCGCCACACUAGAGGGGACAGACGAACGGCUAGACGGGUCUUACACCGCCCGUGCUAACGCCAUCGAGAAGUGCUACCAGGUGGCCAAGUCUCGCGGGUUCUCCGUCUUCGCGGUCCAAAAUGGCGGCCAGUGUUUUGGCUCUGCUACUGCCCUGAGCACCUACCGGAAGCACGGGCCCUCAGCGGGAUGUCAGAAAGAUGGGGAAGGGGGAGGCUGGGCGAACGAAGUCUACCUCAUAACAGAUGCUCCAAUAGCUUUGCCAGUGGGAUAUGUUCACAAGCCGUACUUCAGUAUCGGCUGUUGGAGGGACACAGGAAAUCGCGCCAUCCCUACUCUGGAGGGGACAGACGCACGGUUAGACGGCAGCUAUACCGCACGCGCCGACGCCAUCAACAAGUGCUACCAGGUGGCCAAGUCAAAAGGCUUCAGUGUGUUCGCGGUCCAAAAUGGCGGCUGGUGUGCCGGAUCUGCUGACGCCCUUAGUACUUACAAGAAGUACGGACCCUAUACAACAUGCCGAGACGACGGGGAAGGGGGAGCCUGGGGAAAUGAGGUUUAUCUCAUUUCAGAUGUUUUCAGUCCAAGCAAAGGAGGUGGAGAGGUGGCCAAAUCCGCUGGUCCAAAGUACUUCAGCCUGGGCUGUUGGAAAGACACCAGCGACCGAGCCAUCACGAUGUUAGAGAAGACAGACGAACGACUGGACGGGGCUUACGCCUCCCGUGCUAACGCCAUCGAAAAGUGCUACCAGGUGGCCAAGUCUCGUGGGUUUUUCAUCUUCGCGGUCCAAAAUGGCGGCGAGUGUUUUGGCUCUGCUACUGCCCUGGGCACCUACCGGAAGCACGGACCCUCGUCGGGAUGUAAGUCCGAUGGAGAAGGAGGAGCCUGGGCUAACGAAGUCUACUUCAUAACAGGCGUCGCAGUAACUUUGCCUGAGGGAUAUGUUCCCAAGCCGUACAUCAGCCUCGGCUGUUGGAGGGACACAGGAAAUCGCGCCAUCCCUACUCUGGAGGGGAAAGACGCAAAGUUAGACGGCAGCUAUACCGCACGUACCCUCGCCAUUAGCAAGUGCUACCAGGUGGCCAAGUCGAAAGGCUUCCGUAUCUUUGCGGUCCAAAAUGGCGGCUGGUGUGCCGGGUCUGCUGACGCCUGGAGAAGCUACAAUAAGUACGGACCCUAUACAACCUGCCAGAAGGACGGGGAAGGGGGAGCCUGGGGAAAUGAGGUCUAUCUCAUCUCAGAUGUGGUCGCUUCAAACAAAAACGAAAAAUGCCAGGUGGAAAACGGGGUAAGCUACCGGGGAACCGUUUCUGUGACCGCAUCAGGCAAGACGUGUCAGAACUGGAACAGUCAGACGCCACACAAGCACACCAAGACACCUGAUAGUUACCCAACAUCUGGUCUUGAGAACAACAACUACUGCCGGAAUCCCGACGGCAAAGACGGAGUUUGGUGCUACACCACGGAUGCCGGCACGGAAUGGGAGAAGUGUAACGUACCAGUAUGUGCCGGUCCGAAGUACAUCAGCCUGGGCUGUUGGAAAGACAGCAGCAACCGAGCCAUCGCCCAACUAGAGGGGACAGACGAACGGCUAGACGGGUCUUACAGCGCCCGUUCUGAUGCCAUCGAGAAGUGCUACCAGGUGGCCAAGUCUCGUGGGUUUUUCGUCUUCGCGGUCCAAAAUGGCGGCGAGUGUUUUGGCUCUGCUACUGCCCUGAGCACCUACCGGAAGCACGGGCCCUCGUCGGGAUGUAAGUCCGAUGGAGAAGGAGGAGCCUGGGCGAACGAAGUCUACCUCAUAACAGGCGCCACCAAAACAUUGCCUGUUGGAUAUGUUCACAAGCCGUACUUCAGUAUCGGCUGCUGGAGGGACACAGGAAAUCGCGCCAUCCCUACUCUGGAGGGGACAGACGAUCGGUUAGACGGCAGCUAUACCGCACGCGCCGACGCCAUCGACAAGUGCUACCAGGUGGCCAAGUCAAAAGGCUUCCGUAUCUUUGCGGUCCAAAAUGGCGGCUGGUGUGCCGGGUCGGCUACCUUCGCCCACAGUACCCACAAGAAGUACGGGCCCUAUACAACCUGCAAGGACGACGGGGAAGGGGGAGCCUGGGGAAAUGAGGUUUAUCUCAUCUCAGAUGCUUUGACCGGAGGAGGUUCUCCUAAAGGACCAUCAGGUGCGUGGCUGCGGAGGGACCCGUCCUGGGUUGUGGACUCCGCCGGCACACCAUGGAAGAAUGGAGGAAAGACAUACGAUGCCGCCAAAGCCUUGGAUGGGGACACUACGACCUUCUGGAACCCCAUUAACACCAGAAGGAACUUCAACAACUGGUACAUCGUGCUGGAUCUCAAGGCGCCCCACACUCUCUCACAAAUCGCGGUACAGAGCUUCGGAGACACCACGCACGACGUAAAAGCCUUCAAGCUGCAAAAGUCGCAGAGUGGGAGUCCGUACAACUGGGAAGACGUCAAGUCCUUUGUACCUGUUUCCACAGGAUAUGUUCCCAAGCCGUACUUCAGCCUCGGCUGUUGGAAGGACACAGGAAAUCGCGCCAUCGCUACUCUGGAGGGGGCAGACGCACGGUUAGACGGCAGCUAUCCCGCACGCGCCAACGCCAUCGACAAGUGCUACCAGGUGGCCAAGUCAAAAGGCUUCAGUGUGUUCGCAGUCCAAAAUGGCGGCUGGUGUGCUGGAUCUGCUGACGCCCUUAGUACCUACAAGAAGUACGGGUCUUAUACAACCUGCAAAGCCGACGGGGAAGGGGGAGCCUGGGGAAAUGAGGUUUAUCUCAUCUCAGACGUUUUGGCGGGAGCAGGCUCGCCUAAAGGAGGAUCAGGUGCGUGGCUGCGGAGGGACCCGUCCUGGGCUGUGGACUCCGCCGGCACUCCAUGGAAGAAUGGAGGAAAGACAUACGAUGCCGCCAAAGCCUUGGAUGGGGACACUACGACAUUUUGGAACCCCAUUAACACCAGAAGGAACUUCAACAACUGGUACAUCGUGCUGGAUCUCAAGGCGCCCCACACUCUCUCACAAGUCGCGGUACAGAGCUUCGGAGACACCACGCACGACGUGAAGGCCUUCAAGCUGCAAACGUCGCAAAGCGGGAGUCCGUACAACUGGGAGGACGUCAAGUCCGUCGGUAACGUGCAGAAAGGGAACAAGCGCCAGGAGUUCGGCGGGUUCCAUGGAACAGCGCGGUACUGGAGGUUCGUCGUUACUCAGACCCACUCGGGCUGGCAGCCAUAUCUCAGAGAACUGGACUUGUUCGGAAGCAGGGCAGGAGGAGGCUUUUCUGCCGGAGGUUCUGGAGGGGGAGGCUUCUCUGCCGGAGGCUUGUCUGGAUCAGGAGCAGCUGCAUGGCUGCGGAGGGAUCCGUCCUGGGCUGUGGACUCCGCCGGCACACCAUGGAAGAAUGGAGGAAAGACAUACGACGCCGCCAAAGCCUUGGAUGGAGACACCACGACCUUCUGGAACCCCAUUAACACCAGAAGGAACUUCAACAACUGGUACAUCGUGCUGGAUCUCAAGGCGCCCCACACUCUCUCACAAAUCGCGGUACAGAGCUUCGGAGACACCACGCACGACGUGAAGGCCUUCAAGCUGCAAAAGUCGCAAAGUGGGAGUCCGUACAACUGGGAGGACGUCAAGUCCGUCGGUACCGUGCAGAAAGGGAACAAGCGCCAGGAGUUCGGCGGGUUCCAGGGAACAGCGCGGUACUGGAGGUUCGUCGUCACUCAGACCCACUCGGGCUGGCAGCCAUAUCUCAGAGAACUGGACUUGUACGGAAGCAGAGUAGGAGGAGGCUUUUCUGGCGGAGGCCUGUCUGGAUCAGGAGCAGCUGCAUGGCUGCGGAAGGACCCGUCCUGGGUUGUGGACUCCGCCGGCAGACCAUGGAAGAGUGGAGGAAAGACAUACGACGCCGCCAAAGCCUUGGAUGGGGACACCACGACCAACUGGAACCCACAAGACCUCGCCCGCCACUUCAACAACUGGUACAUCGUGCUGGAUCUCAAGGCGCCCCACACUCUCUCACAAAUCGCGAUCAACAACUUCGGAGACACCGCGCACGACGUUAAAGCCUUCAAGCUGCAAAAGUCGCAGAGUGGGAGUCCGUACAACUGGGAGGACGUCAAGUCCGUCGGUAACGUGCAGGUAGGGACGAACAAGCGCCAGGAGUUCGGCGGGUUCCAUGGAACAGCGCGGUACUGGAGGUUUGUCGUCACUCAGACCCCCGCUGGCUGGCAACCAUGGCUUAAAGAGCUGGACUUCUACGGUAUCAGAGCAAGCGCUGCAAAAGAAACCGUGACCGAAGUUGCCGAAGACGUUGGAGCAGGUCUUGGAGCAGGUCUUGGAGCAGGUGCCGGAGCAGGUGCCGGAGCAGGUGCAGGAGCAGGCGCCGGAGCAGGCGUUGGAGGGGGCGUUGGAGAAGGAGCCGUUGGAGAAGGAUCAGGUUCCUGGCUGGCUUUGAGCCUGCCUAGCGGUAGCAUCACCUCGGCAGGCACUCACGGAGCGAACAGCGGCCCUGCCACGGUGCUGGACGGAAACCCCAACACGUACUGGAGCCCACAAAACCUGCCGAGGAACCACAACAACUGGUGGAUCGUCUUCGACUUCCAGAAGGUCUACACCCUCUCCGGCUUUAAAAUCCAGAACUUCGGAGACACCACGCACGACGUCACUAACUUCAAGCUGGAGACGUCCGACGACAAGUCCACCUGGACACAGGUGUUCUCCACCGGCAGCGUGCGCGCAGGUGUGAAGACGACGCAGCCGUUUGGCGGGUUUUACGGCAGCGGACGCUACUGGAGGUUCACGGUCACGAAAACGACGACUGGCUGGCAGCCAUACGUCACCGGGCUCAAGUUCUAUGGUGUCGAAGGGAAACCCAACUACAAGACUCUGUCCACAUCCAUGCGCAUGACUUCCGCUGGCUCGCCGGGUGCACAGAACGGCCCUGACAAAGUCGUGGACGGAAACCCCAACACGUACUGGAACCCGCAAGGCCUGCCCAUGAACCACAACAACUGGUGGAUCAUCUUCGACUUCCAGAAGGUCUACACCCUGUCUGCGAUCCAGAUCACCAACUACGGGGACACCACGCACGACGUCACGGCCUUCAAGCUGGAGGCGUCUGACGACAAGGUGACUUGGAAGCCGGUGUACUCCACCACGGGCGUCAGGCCAGGGACGAACCAACCGCAGAUGUUCGGCGGCUUCUCCGGAACGGGCCGCUACUGGCGCUUCACGGCCACCAGGACAGCAUCGGGAAGCCAGCCCUACCUAGUCGGCCUCAUGUUUUACACCAUCAGUCGUGAGGUAACUCCGACGCAUUUCAAAGUGGUCGGCAUCCCGAAGACGGUGGCAGAGGCAAAAGAGUACUGUAGGACCGAGGAGAAGGGGCACCUUGCCGACAUGAAGAGUCAAUUACUGCUCGACUUCCUGAUACCGACAAUUAACGAGGUCGGAGGCAACAAGAACUACUGGGUCGGACUUCACGAUACCACGGUAAGAUUCAUGUUAGGCUGA